GCAGGCUGGGAGGAAACGGAGCCUGAAAAGCAGAAGCAGGAGGAAGAGGAGCAACUAAGAGAGGUGACAGUGGAGGGUGGCCGAGGGAGGACCUGGCUGCGCUGGCCGGGACCUUCCUAGGUGGGCAGGUGAGGGCUGGCUGCAGGGGCUGGAAGCCGACUCACGUUCCUGGAAGCCUCUUUGCCCAGGGCUGGUGCGCUCAGCUCACUGCCCUGUCUGGACAGAUACAUUAUCCGACGGGAGCCUCCUAGCUGCACAGAUCUGGAAACAGCAUGUACACACCCGGCCCUCAGAGCAGCUCUCCGUUCCCAGCCUCGGUGCGGCACCCCGGCCUGCACGUAUGGCGGGUGGAGAAGCUGAAGCCAGUGCCAGUGGCCCGAGAGAACCAGGGCAUCUUCUUCUCUGGGGACUCCUACCUAGUGCUGUACAAUGGCCUGGAAGAGCUCUCCCACCUGCACCUGUGGAUAGGCCAGCAGUCAUCCCGCGAUGAGCAGGGGGCCUGCGCCGUGCUGGCCGUACACCUCAACACCCUGCUCGGGGAGCGGCCUGUGCAGCACCGGGAGGUGCAGGGCAACGAGUCCGACCUCUUCAUGAGCUACUUCCCGCACGGCCUCAAGUACCAGGAUGGUGGCGUGGAGUCAGCGUUUCACAAGACCUCCCCAGGGGCCGCCCCAGCUGCCAUCAGGAAGCUGUACCAGGUGAAGGGGAAGAAGAACAUCCGGGCCACCGAGCGGCCGCUGAGCUGGGACAGCUUCAACACAGGGGACUGCUUCAUCCUCGACCUGGGCCAGAACAUCUUCACCUGGUGUGGUGCAAAGUCCAACAUCUUGGAGCGUAACAAGGCGCGGGACCUGGCCCUGGCCAUCCGGGACAGUGAGCGGCAGGGCAAGGCCCAGGUGGAGAUCGUCACUGACGGGGAGGAGCCUGCCGACAUGAUCCAGGUCCUGGGCCCCAAGCCGGCUCUGAAGGAGGGCAACCCCGAGGAAGACCUCACAGCUGACCGGACAAAUGCCCAGGCUGCGGCCCUGUAUAAGGUCUCUGAUGCCACUGGGCAGAUGAACCUGACCAAGGUGGCCGGCUCCAGCCCCUUUGCCCUCGAGCUGCUGAUCCCCGACGACUGCUUUGUGCUGGACAAUGGGCUCUGUGGCAAGAUCUACAUCUGGAAGGGGCGAAAAGCUAACGAGAAGGAGCGGCAGGCGGCCCUGCAGGUGGCCGAGGACUUCAUCUCCCGCAUGCGGUACCCCGCAAACACUCAGGUGGAGAUUCUGCCCCAGGGCCGCGAGAGUCCCAUCUUCAAGCAAUUCUUCAAGGACUGGAAAUGAAGGCAGGUGUCUCCCUGCCCCACUGCCUGCCUGUUGGCUACUCUGCCUUCCCGAUCAGUGCUGAGGUGCCCCCGCGGAUGUUCAAUAAAGGAGACCAGUGCCCUUCCUGCUCUCUGCCUGCA